UUUACUGAGGUUUUUCGUCUUCUUCUACCUCUGUCAGCGACUGUAAUCUCAGAAAAUAAAUAUACAACAAACCGUCAACAGAGACCGCUGCUGCUUAUGUACUUAUUCGUAUUAUCUCCAAAUUCGAAUGCACUAGCGGCAUUGUCAUAUAUAUGUAUAUAUAUAUUUUAUUCCAGAAGGAAAUAACCAAAUCAUUACCCUCACCAUCAUCAAUCAAGUUCUAACCUUUAUCUCUUUCAAGCUCUUCUUCUCAUGUUUCCAUAAAAGAAAAGGUCAAAAGGAAGCUUUUUUAGAAAAUCCCAGAAGCCAAACAAAGGAGAAUCAAGCUAAAGUGAAGUUUUUUUUUUUUUUUGUCAAUGGGUCAGUCGAAGGAGAAGCUCCAAGGGUUUUUCAACAACAGAUGGCUCGUUUUUGUUGCCGCAAUGUGGUUGCAAUCGACGGCUGGGAUUGGAUAUUUAUUCGGCAGCAUAUCUCCGGUCAUAAAGAGCUCUUUGAAUUACAAUCAGAGACAGCUCGCAAGGUUAGGUGUGGCUAAGGAUCUUGGAGACUCGGUUGGGUUCUUUGCUGGGAGCUUGAGUGAGAUUCUGCCCGUGUGGGCUGCUCUACUCGUUGGGGCUUUCAAGAAUUUAUUUGGGUAUGGUUGGGUUUGGCUGAUUGUUACUGGGAAAGCUCCAGUUUUGCCUUUGUGGGCUAUAUGCAUACUUAUAUUUAUUGGGACAAAUGGUGAGACCUAUUUCAAUACAGCUUCUCUGGUUUCCUGUGUUCAAAACUUUCCAAAAAGUAGGGGCCCUGUGGUUGGUAUUUUGAAGGGAUUUGCAGGCUUAAGUGGUGCAAUUUUGACUCAAAUAUAUACUAUGAUCCACUCACCAGACAAAGCAUCUAUUGUUUUCAUGGUUGCAGUUGCUCCAACCAUGGUGACUAUUGCUUUAAUGUUUAUUGUUAGACCUGUUGGAGGUCAUAAACAGGUUAGAGCAUCGGAUGGCACCAGCUUUACAUUAAUCUACAGUGUAUGCAUACUAUUAGCUGCUUAUUUGUUAGGGGUCAUGCUAGUACAAGAUUUUGUUGAUGUUAGUCAUACUGUUAUAAUAAUUUUUACAGCAAUCUUGUUCAUAAUUCUCUUAGUCCCUAUUGUUAUUCCUGUAUCAUUGAGUUUGUCUUCGGAAAAAGAUCCUGAAGAAGAGGCAUUCCUAGCUCAGCCACAGAAAGAGGAACCUGAAGCAGGUUCUACUAGUGAUAGUGAGGUGAUAUUGAGUGAACUUGAAGAUGAGAAGCCUAAGGAAGUUGACUUGCUUCCAAGAUCAGAAAGACAAAAGAGAAUAGCGCAAUUGCAAACGAAAUUACUACAAGCAGCGGCUGAAGGAGCGGUGAGGAUCAAGAGGAGAGGGCCGCGCAGAGGGGAAAAUUUCACCUUGAUGCAGGCUUUGAUUAAAGCUGACUUUUGGCUUAUUUUUGUGUCACUUAUGUUAGGUUCUGGAACUGGUUUGACAGUAAUUGACAACUUGGGUCAGCUGAGUCAAUCUCUUAGCUAUGACAAUACACAUAUUUUUGUUUCCAUGAUCAGUAUUUGGAACUUCUUAGGCCGAGUUGCAGGUGGUUACUUCUCUGAGAUUGUAGUCAGGGAUUAUGCUUAUCCAAGGCCAGUGGUAAUGGCUAUAGCUCAACUUGUCAUGUCAAUUGGUUAUCUUUAUGUUGCUUUUGCAUUACCUGGUGCACUAUAUGUUGGAACAGUGUUGAUUGGCACUGGUUAUGGUUUUCACUGGGCAAUUGUACCAGCUACUGCCUCUGAAUUGUUUGGCCUGAAGAACUUUGGUGCUUUGUACAACUUUCUCACAAUGGCAAACCCUGCUGGUUGUUUAGUCUUCUCUGGCCUUAUUGCUGGCCCUUUAUACGAUCGCGAGGCAGAGAAGCAAGCUCGUGGACAACACUUGCAGCAACACAUUGCAGGCUCAAUCCUCUCGAGCUUUCUUGGUGUGGAUGAGGCACAAGCAUGUGUAGGCUCCAUAUGCUUCUUCCUGACUUUGGUCAUAUUGUGUUGCUUCUCUGUGCUUGGAUUUGUCUUAAGCAUGAUUCUUGUGCAUAGAACAAAGGCUGUUUACUCCCAACUCUAUGGAAACUUUCGAUCAGGGCAGCCAGUCUCAUAAUCGAAAUAUCCAAUUUUUAAUGAGGCUUCUCAAGAUUAUGAUUCCCAAGUUUCUGUUAGAUUAUGUUCAAAAUAGAGAAUUUUAUAAUAAAGAAUAAAACUUUCUAUUGUUUAUUUAUUUAUUUUUGAAAAAGAAUAAAACUUUCUAUUGAAACUAA